AUGCUUCCUGCGGCAGCGAGCUUCCAACGAAUCAUCCUCGUAGAUCCUGCAUUAUGCCCACCCUCCGAUUGCAGCCAACCCAUCCAUCCCUUGUCCCGAAUCCUGGGGUAUCCGUCUGCCGGUCGUCCUAGCCCCAAAGUGGGUUCGGUCGAUGUGGAGGAGCCUCUUGCCUUCUUACCCACUUGGCCUCCUCACGGACACGUUUGUGUCGUCGGUCGUCGGUCGUUGAGAAAGAUCUACCACUAA